AUGAACAACACGAAUGCCCCCAGUUUCUGGCGGCCGGGAACCACAGCGCCUGGGAGUACAUUGGAUAGAGUCUCGGCAAAUGAAGAAUCCCCGAUCGAUCCAUCUAUCUACAGUGUACACUCUCAAACACGCUCAACUCAGUCACGGGAUGAGCUGUCUCGACAGCGAAAACAACUGCCGGUGUAUAAGUACCGACAGCAUCUCCUCUAUGCCAUGGAGAAGUUUCGUACUAUUAUCGUAGUCGGUGAGACUGGCUGCGGUAAGACAACGCAGUUGCCUCAGUAUCUGGCUGAGGUAGGCUGGUCUGGCCAGGGAAAAAUGAUUGCCUGUACGCAACCGAGACGGGUGGCUGCCACGAGUGUGGCAUUGCGCGUAGCUGAAGAAGUAGGAUGUAGGAUAGGGGGGAAAGUGGGAUACUCAGUUAGAUUUGACAAUGCGGAGGGUGCAACUACACAGAUUAAAUACAUGACCGAUGGUAUGCUAGUGCGGGAAACCCUGAUGGACCCGCUGCUACAGAGAUACAGCACAAUCAUGGUUGAUGAAGCACACGAGAGAGGGCUGUACACAGAUGUACUGUUAGGGCUUUUGAGGAAGAUAAUGAAAAAGCGAAGUGAUCUGCGGGUGAUUGUCAGUUCGGCAACAUUGGACGCGGAAGCUUUCGCCGAAUUCUUCGAGACAAACGACGACCUCACUGCACCCGAAAACAACACGGCCACGAUAUUAAGCGUGGAGGGCCGUAUGCAUCACGUAGAUAUACACUAUCGCCGGUUUCCUGUGCCAAAUUAUAUGCAAGCGUGCGCAGAUAGUGUGAUGCAGAUUCACAGCAAGGAAGGGGCCGGAGAUGUUUUAGUAUUUUUGACUGGCCAAGAUGAGGUUGAUCAAGUAGUAGACAUGCUGUCGGAUAGAGCAUCGAGUGUGUCGGACGCACGACUUCGUUUGCUACCAAUGCCCCUGUACGCAUCUCUGCCAUCCGAAAUGCAGAUGCGUGUAUUCCAACCAGUAGCUAGAGGAUGUCGAAAGGUGGUCAUUGCCACGAAUAUAGCUGAAACCUCGGUGACGAUACCGAACAUUGUGUUUGUGGUUGACAGCGGAUUCGCGAAGAUUCGUGCGUAUAAUCCUGUAUCAGGUCUUGAGGCGCUUGUAGUGACUCCCGUGAGCAAGGCUUCGGCAAAACAAAGGGCUGGGCGAGCAGGCCGCGUCAAACCCGGUAAAGCUUACCGACUGUACACUCUAGAGGACUACAAAUCACUCGAGGACCAGAAUGUCCCCGAAAUACAGAGGUCCAACUUGGGACAGGUGGUGCUUCAGCUGAAAGCACUCGGAAUACAGAAUAUUGUUCGCUUCGACUAUCUAUCGCCGCCCCCGCCAGACUCACUUAUCCGUUCAAUGGAUUUGCUGCACUCGCUUGGGGCCAUAACAGACGAAGGAGAACUGUCUGAACCUCUAGGUGAGCGUAUGGUAGAAUGUCCCUUGGAGCCGAAGUUGGCUAAAAUACUUCUAAUGAGCGGUGAAAUGGGCUGCAGUGAAGAAAUAUUAACCAUUGUUGCAAUGCUACAGGUCCAAAAUAUAUUCGUGAGUCCAACCAACAAACGACGCGAGGCAGAUAACCAUCGGAGGCUGUUCACCGCAUUAGAAGGAGACCAUCUCUCUCUCUUAAAUGCAUACACGACCUUUCAUAAGAACAAGCAGAGUAGCGGCUUUUGCCAAACAUACUUUCUGAAUCGUCGCUCGCUGCUCCGUGCCACAGAAAUCAGAAAGCAACUGCUAAAGUUUCUAAGGAGGUUCAAUAUUCCCAUAUGCUCCACCAGCGACACCGAGAUCAUACGUCGUUGUAUAACUGGAGGGUUUUUUGCAAACUGUGCGAGACUGAGUGGAGAUGGGGUAUGUCCGCGUGUUAUGUGCCACUUACUUCAUGAGCUUCCGUUAAGAAAUUACAUACUUUUGCUACCCUAGUGUUGCAGGAUCCAAACACUCAACUGUACUUGUUGAUUUGAAGCGUCAGCUGCGCAUACAUUGGCACACUUCCAAAUAGACUACUUUGGUUGUGCUCUCCGAGUUUCUUUUUGUAUUGUAGUGAGAGUGUGUGUAAUCAAUCCAAAAUAUUAUCUGCUCUGCAGACGUACAAAUCCUUGAGGAAUGGUCAGACUAUGGCGAUACAUCCUUCAUCAGUACUGUACGACGAAAGUCCGCCGCCAUGGGUGGUUUAUCAUGAGGUAAGGAGCUCUUCGAAUUGCACGGUACGCUUCGAAUUGUAAAAAGGUUUUUCCCCGGAUUUCAUGACAGUUUAGCUCGUGUUUGAAACUAAAUGAAUUGCAUCACUGUCGUAUUUUUUAUAUUUGUACUAUCUGCAGGUUAUAUUGACAAAACAGGAAUAUAUGAAGGAGGUCACUGUGAUUGAUCCGGAAUGGUUACUCGAAGCCGCACCCCACUUUUAUGAGUACUCUAGACUUGUAAGGAAUCCCAAAGGUUGAUCAUUAAAAUCCGUU